UAAGAUGUCUGCAACGAACGGGCCGCCCUGGCCCGCCACGGCCGCAGUCGCCGCGCCUCGAUCGGCAUCAGCUCUGCGGGGACACUUGUUGUCAUGCUGCAGUCGGGUUAGCCUUAAAUAGUCUUUGUGGAUUCACAGGCGGUCCGAAAUGGCCAUACUGUCAUGCCAUCAAAUCUUGACGGGCUGGUCAAGAAAUCGAUACGAUAAAUAGUCAUAAGCAAAAGGAGACGAAUGGCUGCAUCAACACCAAGACGUUGGUGUUUCUUCCUCGGAAGUACUAAUCAUCGACGGUCAUGGCAGCUGAAAAGUUUGAGGUCGUCGUCAUAGGCACCGGGUGGCAUGGCCUCAUUGGGGCUAAGACAUACCUUGAGUUUAAACCGGAUGCUAAUCUAAUCCUCGUCGAUGACCAGGCAUCGAUUGGGGGCGUUUGGUGUGCCGAAAAGAUUUAUCCAACUCUCUUUGCCCAGAUCAAGUAUGGACAAUUUGAAUACUCGUGCUUUCCUAUGCGAAAAGAAGGCAUUACAGCAGAUGGUUACAUUUCGGGUAAAACAAUUCAUGAAUACCUCAACGACUUCGCCCGAGAAUAUGACCUUGUUAGAAGAGCCAGGCUACGGACCAAGGUCGUCACGGUAGACCGACUUCCUGGAGGUGGUUGGAGGCUAAACCUCGAUGGUAAACCUGCCAUCGAGUGUGCUAAAUUGAUCUACUCCUCGGGACCAACUUCACAUCCUGUCAUCCCUUCGUGGCCUCAGUCUAACUUCAAUUCACCUAUUAUCCACUCAUCCGACACAGGAUCACAUCUCGGGGCCCUGGGGAAGAUUCGAAGGGCCACCGUGGUUGGAGCGGCCAAGUCAGCUUACGAUGCUGUCUUUCUCCUUCUAAAAGCUGGAGUCAAGGUCGACUGGAUCAUCCGGGAGGAUGGGUCGGGUCCCCUAGCUAUAGUCCCGCCCACCCUUCUUGGCAUGGUAACUUCGGUGGAGGCAGCAGCCACCAGAAUUGUUGGAAUGCUCAGUUCGAGUAUAAUGUGCACCAGGGGACCCGGCUACCAAUUCUUUCAAAGGACACCUGUUGGAAGAGCAUUGGCCCAAGCUUUCUGGAAGGGCUUGACUUGGGUGUCUGCAGCCCACGCCGGCUACGCCAAGUCGCCCAACGCACAAAAACUGAGACCUCUCCCGCACGGAAAUGGCAUCUUCUGGACUAAUGCUGGCUUGGGAGUUGCAAGCGUUCCAGAUUUCUGGAAAGUAUUUCACUCGGGAGACUGCACGAUCCAUUUAACUGAGAUUUCGUCACUCACCGACGGCAACAUUGUCUCUCUCCGCAACGGUGCCCAGUAUGAGACAGAUUAUAUCGUCCUGUGCACCGGCUUUGACAAAUCUUACCAAACAUUUAGCAAGGAGCAACUGGAAGCCUAUGGGAUCAUGCCCAACCCAGACGAGGCAGAAAAGUGGACAGAACUCGAAACCGAUGCUGAAAAGACGAUAAACCAACUUCUCCCAGCGAUCAAGGAUUCCCCUCUUAAGGGACGUGAGUAUGUCCAUGAUAAUAGUGAGCGGGGAACACUACAUGGACCUAGCCGCCAUUAUCGGCGCUUAAUCAUCCCUAGUCUGGCUGCCCAGGGCGAUCGGUCGAUCUACUUCCCAGGCUUCAUUCAUACAAUCUACACACCGCUAGUCUCCGAGGUCCAGGCCCUGUGGGGGGUUGCAUUUUUACUCGGUCUACAAGACCUUCCCUCGCAGCCAGGUAUGGAGCGCGAAGUGGCCGAAUGGAAUGUCUGGGCGCGCAAGAGGUAUCUUGCCCAGGGAAGGAAACACGCCUACUGCAUUUGGGACUGGCUUUCCUAUAUUGAUUUGCUCUUGGAAGAUCUGGGUAUCAAAACCCAGCGAAAGAGCAAUAUGUUCUCGGAACUAUUUCUUCCAAUCCUCCCAAAGCACUACCAUGGACUUAUUGACGAGUUCCGCCAAAGUAAUGCCAAGAAGUUGAAAACUAUCUAGAUGUCCAGAUAUCAAGAGUAGGUAGGUAGGUAGGUAUAAACAUUGAAGCUUGGAGUGCAAAGCUAGUGACGAUUAUUACAGUUAUUAUAAUUGACGGUUGGCAUUAAAAGAACUAACUACGUUCAUAUGG